CUCGGUCCCAGGCCGAUUUUUUUUUAAUAGAACGAAGUUGAAAAAUACGGCCUGGUAUUGAUUGUAUCUGGGCGUGGCAGGAACAGGAAACAAAAGCAGAGAUUCUUUACAUUUUGUUUCCUGCUUUUUUUCUGUAAUACUAAAGGUGUACGUAGAGGCAUUUUACUCCCGUAAAAGUUACAGUAAUUUAGCUCCGUGUCAUGUUCUCAAUUUAUAGCUAGCUAGCUAUGGCAUGCAACGCGUUGUCUUGUUUGAAGCAAGAUGGCCUCACUCUCAUGGCAGAACAGGCCCAGGCUCUCAAGCUCCUGUUUGAGGGAAGGGACGUGUUUAUCUGGUUCCCAACGGGGUAUGGCAAGUCUCUCUGCUAUAUCAGUUGCUACCCUUUUUAAUGGACUACAAGCUAGGUAGGACCAAGGCUCCUCCUGUUGACAGAAGUGUUGUUCUUGUUAAUUGUCUCUUCCCUUGUAUCUCUCAUCAUGAGACUCACGAUUGACCAGAUCAGGAGUCUAAACAAUAGAGGUGUUUCUGCUGCCAUCCUCAGUAGCAAUAAAGGAGUUGACAAAGAUUUGGUUGCCACUGCCAAAGAAGUGUCUUCUGGGAAGUAUUUCCUGCUGUAUACUGCCCCAGAGGCUGUUGUUGAAGACCACUGUUGGAGAAUUCAUUUUUUGUUGUACCACGAGUCAAUGUAUUAAAAAACCACGCCCAGAUCACGCCCAAAUACAAUCAAUACCAGGCCUAGUAAAAAGUGACUACAUGUAAGUGAAAAGAGUGACAAGGACUUGAGAGAGACCAAUUUUUUAUUUUCCUUUAUUUCAUUAGUAUUAUUAUUUUAUUUACUUAUUUUUCUUUGGGGAACACUCAAAAGAGUGAAUAUACCCACUACUGACUAAAGUGACUAAGUGACAAGAGUGACAAGGACUUGAGAGAUGCCCUGUUGCAAGUGUAAUAGAACAGGCUCGUGUAGAGGGUGCGUCUGUGUAAAGGCCAAAAGACCCUGUGCUAACUGUCUGCCAAGCAAGCUUGGCAACUGUUCGAACCCAAGUGCUACUGGGCCAUCUUCUCUAUCGUCCCAGAAUCAACUAUUGCAACCCUUGAGUCAGCUACCUGUAAACUUACCUGCAAACCAACCACCAAAUCAACCACCUCCGAGUACAUGGAGUCCUUUGCUGAGUCUAAAGUUGCCAGCUGGUCUGCACUCGUGACUAACCUUGCAGACAUUGCCACCACCCAGCCACACGCCGCCUACUCUGCAUUAAACCAUGGAUUAUCAAGCAAAUGGACCUAUAUGUGUCGCACAACACCAAGCAGGAUCAUGAGUCAAAGACUGGCACCGCUGGACGAAGCUCUGCGUAAGAAACUAAUUCCUUCCCUCACAGCAAGGGAAGGUGGACUAGGUAUCCGUAUACCAUCCAAACAGGCUACUCAUGAAUACAAUGCCUCCCUAUUCGUCACAUCUGCCCUCUGUAAUCACAUCAUCAAACAAGACACACACUAUGGGCAGGAGAUCAUCUCGGAGUCACUAAUGGCCAAAUCUACCGUAGGCCAACAAAACAGAGAUAGAACCAAGAACGACAUCAACACACUGACGCCACUACUCUCUACCAACAUGCAAAGAUCUGUCAAUCUGUCUAAAGAGAAGGGUGCAUCGUCAUGGCUAACCACCCUACCGCUCAAAACCCAUGGUUUCACCCUCCACAAACAAGCCUUUAGAGACGCCCUAUCUCUGCGUUAUGGUUGGACUCCAAACAAGCUACCCUCGAAAUGUGCCUGUGGUUCUUCCUUCACAGUAGAACACGCUCUCUCUUGUGCGAAGGGUGGCUUUCCGUCCAUUCGGCAUAAUGAGAUCAGAGACUUGACUGCAGAUCUUCUUAGUGAGGUCUGCAACAACGUGUGCACAGAACCAGAACUGUUACCGGUUACAGGGGAGAACCUAGCAGGAGCAAGUGCCAAUAUACAACCGGGUGCACGCCUAGACAUUGCAGCCAAUGGAGUAUGGGGUGGCUCCUUUGAAAGAACUUAUUUUGAUGUCAGGGUAUUUAACCCACGCGCUGCAUCCAACAGACACACCGACCCUCAAACAGUCUACCGCAAGCACGAGCAAAUAAAGAAAAGGGCCUAUGAACAAAGAAUUCUAGACAUCGAACAGGCAUCCUUUUCCCCAUUAGUCCUCUCUGCAACAGGAGGCUUAGCUCGUGAAGCAACCACCUUCUACAAGAGACUCGCUUCGAUGUUAGCAUCUAAAUGGGACCAAUCAUACAGCAGCACACUAUGCUGGCUCCGUUGCCGACUAACUUUUUCCCUCCUUCGCUCAUCGAUCCAAGCCAUCAGAGGGUCCAGAUCGUCAAGUGGACACCCCUUUAGAUCUGGGGCCAUAGACCUGGUGAUCUCGGAGACCCACCUCCACCAAUAAACUGAACCUUUGUAUGUACCCUUAAUCCUCUUUAUUUUCUGUACCCUCCACCUUUCAUUGUGUCUACAUAGAAGCCCAUUCCCCUGUAUACACUACCUUACAUGCUAUUAUUUCACCAC